AUGGCCUUUACCAUGCGCCAACCUUUCAAACUAACCAGCUCGCUGGCUAUAGCUUCAAAAACCGCAUUUCGAUCCACCCCCGCGCGAGCUUUUCAUUCCAGCAAACCUACAACCUCUUUCUUCACUUCACGCACCACAUCUCCCACCAGUACUCUUGUCAAAGCUCGAAAUGCAUUUAGAGGAUCGAGAACAUAUCUGCAACAGCCAGCUGCUGUGCAGAAUCCAAAUGGUACCUUGAUGCAGAAAUUACUCGUGGGUGGUGCUAUGUUCGCAGGAACAUUAUUUGCUAUCAAUAUGGUUUUCAACCGCGAAACCCGUGAAGAUGGCGGAAUGCCCGAAUACGAACGCAGUUACCUAAAUGACACAUUUAUGCACACAGGAAUCGGUAUUGGAAUCAUCGGAUUAUCUGCGCGCGCAAUGUUUCAAAGUGGUUUUAUUUACAGAUUGAUGGCUACUAAUCCGUGGGUGGUGAUGAUUGGUGGUAUUGGUUUGAGUAUUGGUACCAUGAUGGCUACUAGAGCUACGGAUCCUAGCAAUUAUGUUCAAAAAUACGCUCUCUGGACCGGCUUUAACGUAACUCAAGCCGCAUUUAUCGCUCCUCUCCUCUUCAUGGCGCCACCCGCCAUCAUCGCUCGUGCAGGUCUCUACACAGUCGCCAUGAUGGGAAGUAUCUCUUUCGUCGGCGCAACCGCCAAACAAGAAAAAUACCUCUACCUCGGUGGACCUCUCCUCGCAGGAGUAGCCCUUGUUGCCGUUUCCGGAUUUGCUCCCCUUGUCCUCCCAGCUACAGCAGUUAGAACUCUAGCUUUCACUGAAAAUAUCUUUUUGUGGGGAGGUCUUGCUGUAUUUGGUGGUUUCACUCUCUAUGAUGUGCAAAAGAUUUUGGCACAUGCGAGGAUGGCCGAGAGAGGUAUGAUGAGGAGAGAUGCGGUUAAUGAGAGUAUUUCCUUGGAAUUGGAUUUCCUGAAUAUCUUCAUUAGGAUGGUCCAAAUUUUGAUGAUGCAGAAUAAUAGGAGGAAGUAA